AUGCGCCAAGGAUGCAUUGGGGCAUCUCCCAUCAUGCCAACAGUGGCCAUUACACUACACACAUUGGCAGUAUAUUGCCAGACACACUGUGUGUGUCCACGCCUUAGCAUUCAUGCUGAAGUGAAAAAGUUGUGUCAUCUUCAUGGGGUUUGUUAUCACCGGUAUCUUGCAGAUCAGUUGUGGGUUGCCUUUGAUGUCUAUAUUGAAGUCCAGUGUCAUGUUGAUGCUCGUGUUGACUCUGCACUAGGACAAGAUUCACCUAACUGGCAUAUGCUCAAUGCAUGCCCCGCUUGCCACUAUGAAGUUGAGGACGAGCCUGCCAUGCCCUUUUCUUUCCAGCUCUCAAUGGACGGAAAUAAUUCCGCUAAACUUGUGGACCCAGUUCUCCGCCGUGGAAAUGAGCGCCCUGAUCCCCGAGACCAACACUGUUAUUUUUGGAUGUCGGAGGAAUAUGUUGAUAGGUUCAAGCACGAGGUUUGCAAUGCACGACAGCAGGUGUCAUCACCUAUUGAGGUGCCAGAUUCAGAGCAGGCUACCGAGACCAACGACACAUGGAGGAUUCUAGCUCAUUGGAGCCAGUCUGUAUGUCUAGAUCAAUGGUGUAAUUCUGCUCCCGAAGCACAGAAGCAAAUGUUUGCAGUAAUCCUUCUUACCAUAUGUGAUAUGGUGAGAAGUGGGGAACUAAUGAAAUACCCGCUUGCAACGAUUCACCGGCUUAUGGAGGUCUACCAACGACCUUUCAUUUAUGGGUACAAUAUCAAGUGCAUGUUCGACAAAAUAAUCUCUCGAAGCUCUCUCUCCUCCACUGUCCAUCAACUUGGUGUUGAUGGUAUAGUCAAUGGGUUCCACAGGCAUGCACACAGCUGUCUAUGCCAGGUCCAACACCAUUGUGAGUAUAAGGUCAGAGCUGGCAAGGAGGACUUCGAGACUUGUGAGUGCACAUUUUCAGAAUCCAAUGCCGUUGCUCCAGAAAUUUGUAAUGCAAGCAAAUUCCACUGCCAUCAGGUCCUCGACGAACAUUUUCGCUUCUCAAAGCUUGACAAAUAUGCUUUUCUCAGUACAUUCAUAUACCACAAUUACAUGCAAGCGCUUGACUCCAUCCGGACAAAUGAAGACUUCCUCCAUCAGUUUCCCAUGUCACCUGAGGAUUUUGAAGCCGAUUUAUCAGAUGAGCAUCGCUACCUUCGAACAGCCACAAGUAAGCGCAAAGAGGAUUCAGUUGAGAUUGACUAUAAACUCGAUUUCUGGAUCAUCAAUGACGGGUACAGUCGGAAAGAAAUUGCUGAUAUAACUCGUUGGCGGACCAAUACUAGCAAGAAGCUGUCAAUGCAAAUGGAUACAGUAGAGGCUUUUGAAAACCAAAUGGGGUUGACGGAGCAUUGGUCUCCCAUUGACCCCAGAUGUGCUGCUGAUGAUGUUGAGCGGCUUGUAGUUAUGCGGCUGUUAGAAUUGACCAAACUGCAAAUGAGCAGGCUUGGGUAUAAACUGUGGACUCAGAUAUCAAAGGCUUUGAAGACUUGUGCAAACACAAUCCGUAAUGCCAUUGAGCGGUACAACAAAUUUGCUGCACAACUAGAUCCCCUGCGCCCUGAGCUUACUUGGGAGAAGAUUGCUGAAUAUUCUUUCACUGGCAAAUUCAAUCUCCUACAUGAAACUGACAAGCAGAUUCAUGCAAAGCGUUGGGCAAGUCCUGCCAAUUGUCAAGCCGCCAUCCAAUAUUUUGAUGUUCAGCGCUCAAAGGAAGAGCUCACAAGAUGUAAUGUUGAAAUUGUCUGGUUGCUAACGAAGAUGAGAGAUGACAAAGAAGAUUAUGCAGCAUCAAUUUCAAAGUUGCAGUCCACUGACCCCCCGCUCGCUGCAGAACUACAUCACCACUGGACCUAUCUCUGCAAUGUCAACACAGGGCACCAUAGCCAUAUUCGACAAAUCCAGCAACUUGCUGGUUAUACAGGGAAUUUCAUUCCAGAGCAUCAGGAGAUACAGGAUGAUGGGGAUGAUGAGCCUGAGGAGAUGGCUGAUAUGCAGAGCGCACUGGAGGCUAUCUUUGGAUGCCCUGAUGAGAUCUCAGAUGAAGCACAAUCAUAA